AUUUAUCCUGAAAAGAUCAGCCUUCGCUUCUUAAUCCCAUAAUUAAUGAUUCUCAAAAUGUCUGUGCAUGCAUUAUCACAAACAGCUUCGACAUUUACACAAAAAUUUAUCGUCUUCUUAUCAUAUUUUCGCGACCCCUGACCCCAUCCUUAUAUUAAUAAUCGUCUUGUACGACUAUUACGCUACUUCCACCAUAACAAUGUACAAAAUCGCUUCACGCACCAGGCACAUUUUGCCACAAGUGAAAUUUUUGCGAUUUUUAAGCGCCGGGGCUCCACCUAAACCCGAUGGACCCUUGUUUCCGCAUAAGGAUGAAUUUCCAAGCCGACACAUCGGUCCCAGAGAGAGCGACGUCAUUGCCAUGCUGGAUUCGCUAGGAUUCAAGAGCUUAGAUGAGCUGACUGAUAAGGCCGUUCCACAAAACAUACGUCUGAAUCGAAAAUUAGAUAUCGAGGAACCUGUGGGCGAGUACGAACUGAUAAACAGAAUAAGAAAAAUAGCUGAACGUAACAAGAUUUGGAGGUCAUAUAUAGGGAUGGGGUACCACAAUUGUUGCGUCCCGCAUACCAUCAUGAGGAACAUUUUUGAGAAUCCGGGGUGGACUACACAGUAUACCCCGUACCAACCAGAAGUGGCCCAAGGAAGACUCGAGGGACUUCUGAAUUAUCAAACCAUGGUUUCGGAUCUUACGGGUCUAGACGUAGCGAAUGCGUCUCUACUGGAUGAAGGUACCGCAGCCGCUGAAGCUCUGUCCCUUUGUUAUCGACAAAACAAGAGACAAAAGAUGCUCCUUUCUGACAAACUACACCCCCAAACCAUCUCAGUUGUUGAAACACGACUAUCAUCUCUAGGGUUAAAAGUCGAAGUGGUGGAUGUCAACGAAUGCGACUUUUCUAACAGGGACGUCGCCGGAGUACUAUUUCAGUACCCCGACACUGAAGGAAACAUCGUUGAUUUUAGUUCGAUUACAGAAGCUGCACACUCUCAUGGAACUUUAGUUUGCUGCGCUACUGACCUACUCGCUUUGACUCUUCUCCGCCCACCUAGCGAAUUUGGCGCCGAUAUCGCCAUCGGUACAUCUCAAAGACUGGGAGUACCACUGGGUUACGGAGGCCCCCAUGCCGGUUUUUUUGCCUGCCACCAGUCGUUAGUGCGUCUGAUGCCAGGUAGGAUGAUUGGGGUCACUCGAGACGCUUCUGGCAGAGAUGGAUACCGACUAGCUUUACAAACGCGCGAACAACACAUAAGAAGGGAUAAAGCCACAAGUAAUAUUUGCACAGCUCAGGCCUUAUUAGCAAACAUGUCGGCCAUGUUUGCGGUUUAUCACGGUCCGCAAGGACUUAGGGAUAUCGCUACUAAAAUACACAACCUGACUUUGGUUUUAAGACACGGAUUACAACAAGAUGGUAAUAUUUUAACGAACGAGCUCUUCUUUGAUACCAUUCGCGUCGUACCGAAGAUCGGAACCGAGGAGGUGAGAAGUCGGGCGAACGCGAAACAAAUCAACUUGAGAUAUUUUGAUGACGAAGCUAUCGGUGUGUCUUUAGAUGAAACAGUAACCUUCAAAGAUGUUAACGAUUUGUUUGAAAUUUUCGGAAGCUCGCACUCGAUUGAAGACCUACUAAACAACCCAAUGGUGCGCGAGCACUCCAUUACCAGAAGCGAAUAUAAAAGAACGUCGCCGUUUUUAACACACCCGGUAUUCAACUCACACCACUCUGAAACCAGAAUUGUACGCUACAUGAAAACUCUAGAAAACAAAGACAUAUCGCUAGUACAUUCCAUGAUCCCGUUGGGUUCUUGUACCAUGAAACUCAAUUCCACGACGGAAAUGAUGCCUUGUUCGUUUAAACACUUUACCGACAUUCACCCAUUUGCCCCUCUGGAUCAAAGUUUGGGCUACCAUCAACUCUUCGCCGAACUAGAAAAAGAUCUUUGUGCCAUCACAGGCUACGACCGAAUAAGUUUCCAACCCAACAGUGGCGCUCAAGGUGAAUAUGCAGGUUUGAGAGCCAUCCAGUGUUACCAUGAAGCCCGCGGUGAUAAAAAUCGGGACGUGUGUUUGAUCCCGGUGAGCGCCCAUGGUACUAACCCAGCGAGUGCCCAAAUGGCAGGAAUGCGAGUGGAACCAGUGAGAGUGAAACACGACGGUUCUAUAGAUGUUGAAGAUCUUAAAGCCAAAGCAGAGAAAUUUAAUAGUCGAUUGUCGUGUUUCAUGAUUACGUAUCCUUCCACGAAUGGAGUGUUUGAGGAGACGGUGGCUGAUGUUUGUGAUAUAAUUCACAAGAAUGGAGGGCAAGUGUAUCUAGAUGGGGCUAAUAUGAAUGCACAGGUGGGUUUGUGUCGACCGGGUGACUACGGCAGCGACGUUUCCCAUCUCAAUUUACACAAGACGUUCUGUAUUCCUCAUGGAGGAGGUGGUCCGGGGAUGGGUCCCAUUGGGGUUAAGUCACAUUUGACUCCGUUUCUUCCAGGUCACCCCGUUGUGAGUCCCGGGGGUGACGACGCAAACAACUACGGUGCUGUGAGUGCUGCACCUUUUGGGUCUUCAGCGAUUUUGCCCAUCUCUUGGGCUUAUAUCAAGAUGAUGGGACCCAGAGGGUUGCGCAAAGCCACUCAGGUCGCUAUUUUGAAUGCCAACUAUAUGUCGAAAGUGUUAGAGCAGCACUAUACCACGUUGUUUAAGAGUCCUACGUCAAAUCUGGUUGCUCAUGAGUUUAUUAUUGAUACUAGGGAUUUUAAGAAAACUGCUAAUAUCGAGGCUGCCGAUAUCGCUAAGAGACUCAUGGAUUAUGGUUUCCAUGCGCCUACGAUGUCGUGGCCUGUUGCUGGGACCUUGAUGAUCGAGCCAACCGAAUCCGAAGAUAAACAAGAGUUGGAUCGAUUCUGCGACGCGCUGAUUUCCAUAAGGCACGAGAUUAAGGAAAUUGAGGAGGGUCGUAUGGAUAUUAGGGUUAAUCCGUUGAAAAUGGCCCCGCAUACACAGGAACAGGUUAUUAGCAGCUCCUGGGAACGACCCUAUACGAGGGAACAGGCGGCUUUUCCGGCAAACUUUGUCCGACCAGAGGUUAAAGUUUGGCCAACUGUUGCUCGGAUUGACGAUAUCUACGGAGAUAAGCACUUGGUGUGCACGUGCCCGCCUAUUUUGGACGAGUACAACUACUAAGCAAAAACGACAAAACAAGAAUGUAUUUAUUGAGUCAACGCUAUAACAAUUUUUAAGGAAAUAUAUAUUAUUUGCUACAACUUUAGAACGGAUCUGGCACAGCGCAAAAUAGUAUCAACGAGGUUUUUCGAUAAUAAAAUGUCUAGUCGACACCAUCAAGUCUAGUCAUCAACUUCCUCUUUGAUGGUGUCACCGAUGUCGGGUUAUGUAAUUAAAGUUAACGCAUCAGCAAUGCACCAAUGCAAUAAUAAUGUAACGAUAAAAUUUAGAGCAGUCUUUCCCUUAUUAUAAGCACAACAUUAAUAAAAAUAGUAUAAAGUU